CCCUUUUCCAGCCUCCACCCUCCCGCAAUGGCUUUCCCUACCCUCCACGCGCGCGCUGAGGCAAAGCUUCUCGAGCACCGUUCAGCCCUCACACCCACUACCGCAAAGAAACUGCUGGACGCCGGCUACCCAGUUCUCGUCGAGCGAAGCCCCAAAGAUCCCAACUACGCCCGCAUAUUCAAGGAUGAGGAGUUCGAGCAGGCCGGCGCCACCCUCAUUCCCGAAGGCUCUUGGGAAUCUGCUCCCACCGACCGCAUCAUCAUUGGCCUGAAGGAACUCCCCGAGGCCGAGACUCCCCUCAGUCAUACAUUUGUGCACUUUGCCCAUUGCUACAAGGAGCAGGGCGGUUGGGAAUCCGUCUUGGCCCGCUUCCCUCGUGGAGGCGGCACAUUGUACGACCUCGAAUUUCUCCAGGACGACAAGGGCCGAAGAGUGGCUGCCUUUGGUUACCAUGCCGGAUUUGUUGGUGCUGCUCUGGCCAUCAAGACUUGGGCCUGGCAACUCACACAUCCCAACGGCGAACCUCUCCCUGGCCUCGAGACUUUCACUGAGGGACGUGGAUACUACAACAAUGAAGACGAACUCAUUGCGCAACUCAAGGAGGAUGUAGCUCAAGGUGCCAAAGUCGCUGGUCGCAAGCCUUCCAGUUUGGUUCUAGGAGCCAUGGGACGUUGUGGAUCUGGUGCCGUCGACCUCCUUGAGAAGGUUGGCUGCCCCGAGAUCAAGAAGUGGGAUCUGCCAGAGACCAAAGACCGCGACGGACCAUAUCCCGAAAUUGUCGAAUCCGACAUCUUCGUCAACUGCAUCUACCUCUCCAAGCCCAUCCCACCCUUUGUCAACCUCGAGAGCUUGAAGUCACCCAGCCGCAAGCUUAGCGUCGUCUGCGAUGUCAGCUGCGACACCACCAACCCCCACAACCCCAUUCCCAUCUACAACAUCAACACCACUUUUGACAAGCCAACCGUGCCCGUAUCUGUCGAAGGCGACGGUCCCCGUCUAUCUGUCAUCUCCAUCGACCACCUGCCUUCUGCACUACCGCGAGAAUCCUCAGAAGCCUUCAGCUCCGCUCUGCUCCCAAGUCUAUUAGCCCUCAAAGACCGUAGCUCUACUCCUGUGUGGCAAGGCGCCGAAAAACUCUUCCAGGACAAGGUAUCUACUUUGCCUGGUGGGGCCCCCAAGAAGGAGGUGUAA